AUGACUCCACAUCUUAUGAUUAAACUUGUCUUUGUAGGCAAUCAGUUCCUUUUUAUUCCAUCAAAAAGCUCAAAUGACCGCACAGCGAAGCGCCUAGCUCGAUCGCAUGCUGUAGCGCACGGCCUUGGGAACAAAAGAAGGCUUCAGCAAAGUUCUGGCCAUAAUUUCCAUGUUGUAUGCCCAGCAAACAAUCGGAGGCGACCCACGAGAAAAAGAAAACAAGGAGAAACUAUUACCACACCACCAGCCUCCCUCGCUACAGGUUCCUCCGAUCCAUUCCAAAUGCUGGCUGCAGAGUCGCCGACAUUACGGGCAUUGCUAAACAGGCAAAAGUUUCCACAAGCCACUGAGUUGGUCUUCAGUGUUGCUGACGAACUCGUGCUUCAAAAUUUCCGCUCCAUCCUUCGAAACGGACUAGACGAUAACGCUCUUCUGAGCGCAAUCAUGCUCACAUUUUCAUUUACGAUCACAGCAAGUAUGACCAGCAGGGAGUGCCUAGAAUACCAAAAUGAGGCUCUAAGCUCCAUCCGUCAACGAAUGGAUUCCCCGGAUAGGGCUGCUACAGAGUCUACAAUAGGAGCAAUCCUACUACUCGCCGGUAUAGAGGUCCGUCUUGGAAUGUCGCGUCAAGUCCAGCUCCACAUGGGGGCAAUACAACAAAUUCUUGAUGUAUGCCAAAGAAAGGGCGUCUAUUUGAGUGACGAUAUCAAACGUGCGAUCUUCUGGUCAGACUUAAACGGUUCGGUCAUGACGGGCUCAAACCGAGUUGUUGACCAUACAACCUUUUCCGAGCUCCAGUGGAGGAGAGAUACUUCCAAUCCGGACUUCUUUAUUCUUCCACCUGGAUUUCAAAGUCACUCCAAUUUACUGGGCCAGGCUUUCGUUGAAAUCCUCAAGGACAUAUUUGCAUUGCAAUGUAUCCGAGAUUCAGCCAUCCUCGGCAAAGAGGACGCAAUGCCGAUGGCACAAAUUGAUAACCACCAGGCGUCUAUCCAGUCGAGGCUAGUGAGCUUGCCAAUUUGCUCACCUAUCUUGCAAUGUUGUCAUCAAGCGGCAUAUCUAUGUUCGACUAUGCUGCGCUGCAAAAUGUGGCGGACUUCAACCAUCCCUUCCCACCUUUCCUUACAACUACUCUGCAACAUACAAGCAGCGAGCGAUAGUCUAGUGUGGGAUAAUUCGCCUGGUCUAUUGGCUUGGCUCUUGUACAUCGGGGGUGCUUUCGCCCCCGUAGGGACUAUACGACAAGGCUACGUGCGACUGUUGCGUUUGAACCACAACAGAUUCAAAUCGCUGUAUACAUCAUGGCCAGGACUUCUUGUAGUUCUUAAACAGUUCAUAUGGUCUGACAAAGCAUUUUUGUCCCAGGUUAAGGUCUUCUGGGAAGAAAAAUUCCCUCUAGACUAG